AUGUCCGUGCUUAGAAGCAUAAAAUUCUUCGUCAAGUCGGUCGUAUUCGGCUCGUUGUUGGCUGGAUGUGCCCUCUAUGGAGUUAUUGCUUCCAUCGUAUUGAGAAUAGUCAGAAAGGGUGAGUAUGCUCAAUACACAGUGGCCAGGGCCUUUUAUCACUCCUUCUCCACCCUAUUGGGCAUCACAGUAAAGAUUAAAAAUGAAGAAAGAUUGCUUGACACCCCCGCUAUAUUUGUCUCCAACCAUCAAUCUGCAUUGGACAUCUUGAUUUUGGGGAAAGUCUUCCAACCGGGUUACACGGUUACCGGUAAGAAAUCCUUGAAGUAUGUCCCGUUUUUGGGAUGGUUCAUGUACUUAUCUGGCACCUUUUUCUUGGACAGAAGCAAGGGUGAAAAGGCCAGAAAGGUGUUAGAAUCCGCAUUAGCAUCAUUAAAGAGAGAUAAUAGAGCCUUGUUCAUCUUCCCGGAAGGAACUAGAUCAGGAUUGGAAAAGUUAGAUUUCUUGCCAUUCAAAAAGGGUGCCUUCCACCUUGCCAAGCAGGCUGGCAUUCCAGUUAUACCUCUUGUCUUCAGCAACUACUCCAAUCUCUUCAAUGCCAAGAACAAGACGUUCAAUAGAGGAGAAAUCCAAGUAGAUGUGUUACCUCCAAUGUCUACCGAGCAUUUGAAGACUAAUGAAGAUGUCACCGAGUUCGCCGCCAAAGUGAGAGAAGCCAUGCUUGCCUCCAUGAAAGAAGUAGGCUUUGCUAAACUCCGCGGUGCAAAGGAGAAGGACGACCAAAAAGAAAUCGAUGAGGAAGAUGUCUCUGAUGUGAAUACCGACACUGACACUUCUAUCGAAAUUAUCUCCGAACAAACACCAUUAGUCUCCAAAGAUUAA